GUCAUCUGUAAAUCUUUGGUAAAAUCUCUACUCAAAUAUUUUGACCAUAUUGUAAUUGAAUUGUUUACCUUUUACCUAGUGAACUGUAAUCAUUCUUUACAUGUUCUGAAAGUAAGUCUUUUACCAAAUAUAUACUUUGCACAUGUUUUCUCCUCUCUGUGAAGUCUAUAUGCAACCAUUUCCUACACUGCUUCUCAAUAUUUACUGAAAUAAGUGAGAAACUUCUGCAAGGCAGUGACUCCUUCCUACUAAAAAUUGUGGGUUUUAAAAUUAACAAAAGGUAAGAAACCCUGUUGACACUUUUGUUUGAAGACUGAAAGUUCACAUGUUCACUACUUAUCAAAUUGCCUCCAUUUUGGUAGAGAACACAACAGUCCUUUCUUGGAUUUGAAGAAUGGAAGAGGUCACAAGUGUGAUUACCUUUGAAAUCUCUGUCUUUACUAGCCAUUGAAGAUAACUAGAUAACUCUCAGCUGUGGGUCACUUGCCCUACAAGGUACCCUGUUUUAAUUUUCUAGUUGUUUUGUUUCAUUAUGGAGAUAGACGGUUUUCAGCAGUUAGACCUAGAGAAGAGUGUGCCUUCCGAAAAGACUACUCCUAGAAGGAUUAUCCAUUUUGUUGACGGAGACAUCAUGAAAGAAUAUAGCACAGAGGAAGAGGAGGAAGAAGAAAAAGAGGAACAAGAGGAGCAGAGCAUAAAUUCAACACUUGACCCUUCUAAACUUUCUUGGGGGCCCUACCUACGAUUUUGGGCAGGACGAAUAGCAAGCACCUCAUUUUCUACAUGUGAAUUCCUUGGUGGAAGGUUUGCUCUCUUCUUCGGUCUUACUCAACCUAAAUAUCAGUAUGUGUUAAAUGAGUACUACAGGAUACAAAACAAGAAACGUGACAACAAAAGUGAAGGGAAUGGAUCAAAGGCCCAGGCAGCUGAGGUUCCUAAUGAAAAGUGUCAUUUGGAGGCUGGGGACCGAGAGUAUGGGACCAUACAACAGGAUGCAGCAGAAGCCAUUCCUCAGUGAAGCAUGUCAUCCAGGGAGGGUCUGGUGGCAGAGCCCAGCUCAGGAUGGCAGCAAAGACUAUAGUUUCCCUGGAUCUCUGUUCCUUGGCCAUUGGUUACCAUAGCAACAGCACCACAGGUAGCACUUCUGAACCAGAUCUGAUCCUAAUCUCCAUGUGACUUAGUCUCAAGCAUCCAGGAAUUACAAGCAAUAAUGAGUGUAAUUUUGGACACUUUCUCAGUAUAAUUUUUAUGUGCAAGCCAACCCAUCUCAACUCCACCCCAGUGAUACAAGUCUCAUGAGUACUGACAUUUGCACAGUAGCAUAAAUACCUUAAAGGAACUGUGGGACUGGGAGUUUUGGGCUGAAAUUCUGUCAUGGGACUAGGGUACAGUAAAGAAGCUCUAUCCCUGAGAAGAAAAUCUGGGCACUGCAAAAUCUAAAUAACUCCCCGUUCAGGGUUUGCAUAGGUGUGUACUUCCAAACAACCAUCCUGGCUUAGUUGGGGAUCGUUUUACAAUGAGUAAACAUUGCUAAUAGCUCUGUUACAAGUUCAUUAUCAAGGUCUCUAAGAAUUAGGUACGUCCCUCCAAAUUAAAAUAACCGAUGAAUAAUCUAAGCUCUAGAAAAAAUAUUUUAAUAGAUUAUUUUCUUAUUCAUUUGUGAAUGGAGCAAUUUUCAAAACCUGAAAAGAUUGAACAUGGAAAUCAUUGUUAGAUAACACAGGGUGUGCUGGCCAGAGUAACUGUGACACAUUAAUGCUAAAAAACAAAAAACACAGGCCUUGCAGUAAUCAGACACAAGCUGCAGUUUCCCUUCUCCCAUUUACUAGUUGUGUGAUUUGAGGUGUCCAGCGUUCUGAGCUCCAGUUUCCUUUGUAAAAUAUGGGUGACUUCACUUGCUCCUCAUGGGUUAUUGUUAAACAGAAUUAUGAGAAAUAAUAAUUUAUUGUUGUUUUCAGCUUUGGAGUGGUUUGUUAUGCAGCCAUAUAUAACUGAAAUUAUGCUCUAAGAGAAGAGGAAGUUGGAAUUAAUUUAAUAUGAAAUCAAAGACAGAAGUCGGUCUGGAGCAUAAGAUGUUGUUAGUUAACUAUAGUAGGAUGAGUAGAUAAUGUCAAACAAAGAAACCUCCAAAAUCUUGGUGUCCCAAAACAACAAAUUUUAUUUCUCGUGAGAAGUCCACUGUCAGUUUAGGUGGCUUCCCGGACAGGUGUUCUCCAUGCGAUAGCUCAGUGUUGGAUGCUUCUUUGAUCUUAUGUUUCCUCCAUACUGUGAUGUGCUCUCGGAGGUGCUGGAAAAGGAACAGCAUGGAGAGUUAAGUGCUGGCAAUUAAUAUCUCCACUAAGAAUGAAUGAAUCAUGUCACCUCUGUGUAUGUUUCUUUCACCAAAACAAGUCACAUGGCUAUAAUUAAUUUUACAGGAGUCUGAGCCUUCUAAGAUAGCGGAGAAAAGGAAACACUUUCUUCUAAUGGCAUAGGAGAUAAAUAACAAGCUCAAGAGUCAAUAUGAUAUUGAUUUAAUCUCAGCUCUGCUGCCCUGUGCCAGUAGCCCUGUGCAAGUUACUCAACUUCUCAUGGUUCUCAUCUAUAAAACAGGUUUGAUAUAGGAAGCAAAUAUAAUUUAAACCAGCUUUAUGCAACAAAAAAAGAAUUUUGGGGGAAGUGCACUGAGUUAUCAAAUGGACCCCAAAGGUAGAUUAGUUUCAAUAGGAUCUGAACAAUGUGACAAGCAAGCACCCAACAGGUACUCGGUCCAUCUCUCAUCCUUCUUCCACAUGAGGAAGAUGCUCACUCUAUAGUUCUUCAUAACUCUUCUGUUCAAGUGACUGAUACACUAGUCUUUAGGCACCAUUUCAAAGUAUAGUGGAAAUAGAAUCUGCUUUGCUCCUUUUUGUCAAGUAUCGCCCUCUAAUUCAAUCAGCUGUGGCCAGGGAGAUGGAGCCCCAUAGUAGCAACACAGUUAUGGGACCUAUUUCUGGGUAAGGAUGGUUCUCAGGAAAAGGAAAUUGAAGUGAGCUAGGUAGGUACCCCAUGACUCUUCCAUGUUAAAAUUGAGGAAAAGUAUGUAAAGCAUGUGGCUCUAAUUAGGUGCUUAAGUCAUAGUAUCAAUUACAAUUAUUAAUAUUUAUGAUUAUUUAUGAUGGUUAAUUCUAUGUGUCAACUUGACUGGACCACAGGAUGCCCAGAUUAAACAUUACUUCUGGGUGUGUCUGUGGGGGUGUUUCUGGAUGACCUUAGCAUUUGAAUUGUUGGGUUCAGUAGGUGGAUUGCCUUCCCACUGAGACUGAGCAUCAUUCAAUCCACUGAGGGCUUAAAUAGAACAAAAGGCCAAGAAAGGAGGAGGAAUUUGCUCCUUUUUUCUGUCUCACUGCUUGAGCGUGGAUAUCUCAUCUCGUCUUCUCCUGCCCAUGGAUGGGAUUUACUACAUUGGCUUCUCUGGUUCUUAGGCCUUUGAACUCAAACUGAUUUACAUCACUGGCUUUUCUGGGUCUCCCGUUGGCGAAUGGCAGAUUGUGGGACUUCUCAUCCACCAUAAUCAUAAUACAUUCAAUUCCUCAUAAUAAAUCUCAUUGUAUCUAUCUAUCCAAUUAUCUAUCUACCUAUGUCUCUAUACAUCUAUCCUAUUGGUUCUGUUUCACUGGAGAACCCUGACCAGUAUAAUAUUAAAUGAGAAUCCUGGUUCCAUGGAUUCUGAAUGGCUUGUCCCCACUGAAGAGUCAGUCUUAGUUCUUCACCUGACAUAUUCUGUUAGUCGAGUUUUAGGGUAAAGUAAAUCUGAAGGUUUAAUCAUUUUGCAGAAGAAGUGACCAAGUCUAGCAGUUAAGCAUUGGUUACUUCAGUCUCAGGUGUCCAAUCAUACUAGAAAUCUGUACCUAAUUUACUAUUUUGCUUAGAAUAGCACUAGUAAUGCACUGUUUUUGACUUUUCCACUUUUCUAAAAUAUUAUCCACUUCUUGAAUACCCACUAAUUGAUGAUUCUCAGGAACUAUGCAGGCAUUUCCCUUUCAGACACCCCUCUCUCUCACGAGAGAAAGAGGGCUGCUCUCCUUUCUCUUUCUUUCGCCUUUUAAACCUCUGCUCCUGUGGCUCACAAGUGUAAUCCCAGCACUUUGGGAGGCCGAGGUGGAUCAUGAGUUCAGAAGCUCGAGACCAGCCUGGCCAACAUGGUGAACUCCCAUCUCUACUAAAAAUACAAAAAUUAGCUGGCCAUGGUUGCACAUGCCUGUAGUCCCAGCUUCUCAGAAAGCUGAGGCAGGAGAAUUGCUUGAACCUGGGAGGCAGAGGUUGCAGUGAGCCAAGAUCACACUACUGCAUUCCAGCCUGGUGGAGCAAGACUCUGUCUUAAAAAAUUUAAAAAUAAAAUAAAAAUAAACCUCUGCUCCUAAAUUCAAAAAGAAGAAGAGCUAGGCAAAACAAAGUGUGACAUUCAAAUUGAAGAAGUGGAUUUUUAUCUAGCAAAUAUUAACUCUCAAUUUAAUUUUAUUUUCCACUAAGAGAAAAGAUUCUCUUAUGGUCAGUGAUCAUAUGCAAAUCAAUUGAAUCUUAAGCAAAAUAUAGUAACGAAGACAAAUGGAACCAAUACCCAGAUCUUAUCCUGUUCCUGCAGGAUAACAAUAAUGUUCCUUUAAUAUUAAUUUGUUUCCUUUAAUAUUAAAAUUAAUUCAUUUAUUUAAUAUUAGCUGGACAUCUAUGCACCAGGUUUUUUUUGUUUUAGUUUUUAUAUAGGUAUUAUCAACCACACAGACAAAAAUCUCUAUCUGCUUGUUGUCCUUGAAUUCCCAAUAGCUAAAUUAUUAGGACAUUCGGUCUUCAUAUGGCCAGCCUCUUAGAUGGUCCUCAAUGAUCUCCACCACCUGCUAUUCAUACCUUAAGCAGUUCCUUCUUACACUGCACCAGGGUGAUUUAUAUAACCAAUAGAAUAUGGCAGAAGUAAUGAUAUGCCACUCCAGAGAUUUUUUUUUUUCUUGAGACAAAGUCUCACUCUGUUGACCAGGCUGGAGUUCAGUGGCACGAUCUUGGCUCGCUGCAACUGCCACCUCCCGGGCUCAAGUGAUUGUCCUCCCUCAGCCUAAAAGACAUCCUAGUAGCUGGGACUGCAGGUGCCCGCCACUGCAUCCUGCUAAAUUUUGUAUUUUUAGUAGAGAUGGGGUUUCACCAUAUUGGCUAGGCUGAUCUUGAAGUCCUGACCUUGUAUCUGCCUGCCUCGGCUUCCCAAGUGCUGGGAUUACAGGUGUAAGCCACCAUGCAAGGCCCAGAGAUUGUUAUAAAAGAUACUAUGGCUUCUGUCUUAAUCUUUCUCACUACUUUUCUCUUGGAUCAUUCACUCUGAAGGAAGGCAUCUGCCAUGUUAUGAGGACACUUAGCCAGUGCAGCAGACUGAAUAUGUUCCCCCGCAAAUUCAUAUGUUGAAACCCUAAUCCCAGUGUGAUGAUUUUGGAGGUGGGGCCUUUGGGAGGUGAUUAGGUCAUGAGGGUGCAGCCCUCAGGUAUGAGAUUAGUGCCCUCAUAAGAAAGACCAGAGAGCUAAUUGGCUGUCUUUCGGCGUGAUUAUACAAAGAGAAGUCAGUAGUCUGCAACCCAGAAGUGUGCCCUCUCCAGAACCUGAUGAUGCUGACAUUCUUAUCUCAGACUUCCAGUCUCCAGAGCUGUGAGAAAUAAAUUUCUGUUGUUUACAACCUAGUCUACAGUAUUCUGUUACAGCAGCCUGAACUGAUCAAGACUUGAAGAGUUCCUCGUGCUAAGGAACUUUUGUCUCCAGUGAACAACCUUGGAGGAACUUGAGGCCUGCCUACAAGCACGUGAGCAUGCUCAGAAGAUUGCCUUCCUCCAGCUGCAGAGGAUUGCAGCUCCAGCCAACAGCUUGCUUGCAACCUCAUGACAGACCCUGAGCCAGAAUCUCCCAGCUAAGCCACUUCUGGAUUCCUGACUCAUUGAGAAUAUGAAAUAAAUGUUUACUGUUUUAAGCUACUAAA